AAAUAGUUUUUGGGGUAAAAUAAGUAUUUAUAAGAUUAUAUAGAUUUUGUGCAAUUAAUUAGAGGUGCCAUUUUUAACGGGUGUUGUAGGAUGCUCAGACCUUUCCUACAUGUAAUUGACUCUUGAACCUAUUUUUGGUUUCAUUGACCAUUCAUUUUUUAAGAAUUUUUCAUUUUUUUUCCUCAAGAUAAAAAUAUUAGUGGCGACUCCAUGUUUUAAUAAAUUCAUUUGUCGUCCUCGUCAUGAUCCCAAUUGUGACAUAUGACGACUUCACCUAGAACUUUGAGAGUCAGGCCUUACAAAUUGCGCAAAAUUAUAAUUUUAUAAAUAUAUUUUUUACCCUUUUUUGUUGAAUUUAUUUUGUUGUAAACAUUUUCCCUUUUGUUUAUUAUUUUUCCUUUUUGUAAAUAUGGUUUGUGUUAACCCUAGGGUAGGAGAUUAUUAUUUUUAUAUAUAAUUGUAUUUUGUUUUGUUCUUUAUGUUUAGAUUUGGGUAGUUGUUAGGGUCACAGGUUUGUAUGUUCCCACACACACUUACAUCACACUUUUUUUGGGCUCCAUACCUAAGUCUAUGCGAGUCUUGGAGUAGAAGGUACCUCAAUAAUUGUUAUUGAGGGGUUUGAUGCCUACUUGACAGUUGUUGAGUUACCACUAAGAUCGUUAUCGAUAUCAUGGGUCUCUCAGAUUAAAAGGACAUUUUCCCUUCUUUUGGUUGAUUCAUGGGUUGGAUCCUUGUUUGUGUGAUAAGGGCAAUCAUAGAGCCAAUAAAUCUUUAGGAAUCUAGAUCCACCCUUGAAACUUUACAUAAAUACAUUGACUUAGUGAUCUCCCAAAGAUUAUGCCCAUGACCUUUUAUUAAUAUCCUAUCCUAGGUUUUCACCUUAAGUAGUCACAAGGGGAACAUAUCCUUCCUCAUUUUUGUACCUAUUCAUCAUAACAUGCAUUUAGCAAUAACAAGAUAUUAAUAUUCUAUGCAUAACAUGCAUUUUCCCUCUGCAUCUAAUGUCUUAACCAUUAGUUAGUCAUGCUAAGAAGAAGAAUCAUGAAUACAUGCAUACUAGGAGCAUGUAGAUUACAUCAGUUUAUAUAUAUCUCAUCUUACUAUUUAUUUUUGUUAGGAAUAGAUAGUUGAUAGUGUUCAAAAUGGAGGAUUCAAAGUCAUACUAGCAAAAGCAUGAGAAUUGAUGUAUUGAAAAACGACAUCAGUUCGUUUUUGCUAGCUUGUUUUUUUUUUAUUGUAUCACAUCGAUUUUGGAGAAAACUGAUAUUGUAUAGUUGUUAUAAAUAUCAUUUUUGUAACUGAUGUUAAAAGUAACUUACUUUAACGAUGAUAUGUGAUUUUAAUAUCAUUUUAAAAUUGAUGUUCAAUGUCUAAAAUAACCGAUAUUAAAUAUCAAUUUUCGAAUAGUGAAGUCUCCCACCAAACAAACAAUGCCUAAGUUUUAAGGGUUUGAAUAUGUCAUUAUAGAGAUGCAUCAAUUCUCAAAGUAUGAUACCGAGGAAACAACCAAAUUAUUCUUCAAGAACAUAGUGAAAUCUUGGGGGAUACAAAAGGAGCUAUCAUAAGUGACAAGGAUAUUCGCUUCACAUAGAGAAGCUAUAGACUAAACAAUUUAUCAAGUUACUGGAGAUAAAGUUAGUUGCAUUUGUCUACGAGCUUUCACCCAUAAACUAAUGGGCACAACGAACAAGUGAAUGCAUACUGCUACCUUAUGGACUCUAUUUAUGAGAGUCUUCAAAAAUGGGAAUUUCGUUUUUUUUACUACUUUCAGCAUUCGGCCUAGAGUUUUUUUUUUUUUCACUUAGUCUCCUCCUUUUUUUUCAUUUUCAUAGUACUCUAUAUUGCCCUUAUGACAGAACUAUAUAUGCCUGCAAUUUCACAACCAGUAACAUUAUUUUCAUUAUUUUAAGUAGCUCAAUCAAUUAAUUUUUUUACUUGAAUUAAUAACAUCUCUUUGUCAAUUAUUCGAAGAAGAAAAACAAGAACCUUUCUUUUAUGAUUUUCUUUGAACUGUUUCGUUUUGUUUCUUAAUACGAUUUCAUUUCAUUUUUUUCUCGAAGAGUUUCCUCGAGUGGUUUCUUUUUUCCCAUUAUCUUCCGUCGCAAUAUUCAGAGGUUAGUUAGAUUCUUUUUCUCAUUAAUUAUCAAUUAAGUUUCUCAAUUAGACUGGUAAAUUGAAUAGCAGUACUCUUAUCCUUAAUCAUACAAUAAGGCUAUUCCGAUAAUAAUAAUAAUAAUAACUACUCUACUAAUUAAUAUUUCUUUACUUGUUUUUCUUGUGGGUACGUGUGUUUUCUGUUUCCAAGUUUUUUGAAGAUGGUAUCAUUAUGCAUAAGGUAGCCACAAUAGUUUUUCUUCUUGCAGUUUAUGGCAUGGCACAUUGAAAUCACAUGGCAAGUGGUAGUUCAAGUGCGUUGAACUCAAAUUCAAAGGUGGCGGAGGGUAUAUGGAAAGCAGCGGCAUCACUAAGGUGCAGGAAACUAUUGUGGCGUGCGUGCAGGGAAGGAUUACCCGUGAGAUCUUUGUUGUUACAAAAGGGCAUCAUCAAAGACGAUGACACGUGUCCAUGUUGUGGCACGUGCAAGGAAACAACCACACACGCUUUGUUGCUAUGUGAAGGGGUUAAGCCCUUUUGGUUAGGGUCUCCAUUGGGGCUUAGAGUGGACUCCUGGCACAAUGUGGCCAAUAUCACCAUGUUACAAUGGGUUGAUCAGUGUGUGGAUGUUUUGGACAAGAGAGGAAUGGGCAUGUUAUGUGCCAUGGUGUGGGGUUUGUGGAACAAACGCAAUGCUUGGGUUCUAAAAAAGAAGAAAUUGGAUUUCGCACAGGUUAUGGCCAAGGCCUUGUCUGUCUUUGUUACUGAUGAGUGGGUCCCACCUUUGGAUUCCAAAAUUAAGGCCAACUUUGCUGCUUCUGUGAUAGAGGAUGUUGGGACCGGAUUGGGAGUGGUUUUUAGAAACUCUAAAGGUGAACCUAUGGCAUCAGGUACAUAUUUUAUGGCAGAUGAAUGUUAUGAUUCCGAAAUUGCUGAUACACUCUGCUACAAGUGGGCUAUUGAGAAAGCAGAGGAGCUCUGGUUUCCUGAAGUUAUUUUCGAAACCGAUUGCCAACAGUUGUACACUCAGUGGAACAUAUUAACACAAGGAAACAACAACACUAGUGAUUACACUUCCUACCUGAAUGAAAUUCUAGAUGAGUGCAUAAACAUGAUGCAGGGCACAGAAUCAUCUCUGACAUUGGUGGUUCACAAUGCCAAUAAAGUGGCACAGUGUUUAGCAGCAGUGGCUUAUGAUUAUGGUGAGAGAAUUUGGGUUGAGGAUGUGCCUAAUGAGGCAUCAGAAUGCUUGCAAUCUGAUGCUGCAGAAAUAGCCAAUGUUUCUUCCAAUCAAUAAAAAGUGAACAUUGUUUUGCAGGACUAGAAACUUAAUUCUGCAAUUGAUUUUUCUCUUAAUAAAGAAAAUUUUACAUGUACAAUUUUAGGUAUGAUAUGUUGUUGCAUUGAGAUAUAAUUGGAGUUUGACCAUGUUUUGACCACACAAGUUUCUUUUCUACAUGAUUUUAUCGUUA